AUGGCGCAUGUUGAGAACGCUGAUAUCGAGCCUAUCUCCUCUCCCGGGAACGGGAGCGACGUGUCUACUCUAGCCUCCGCGGAUAUCCCAUCCAAUCGGAUUGGAAAGAGCCAGUUGUCCCAGGAGAUAAGUCCUCAUGCUCUGGAGAAAUUGGACACGGCGAGGACGUGCGUGUCCGAUGAUAUUCCGGGCAAUCGAAGGCAGAUCGGAGUGUUCACUGCGACCUUCUUGGUGUUUAAUAGGAUAAUUGGGACGGGGAUAUUUGCUACCCCGAGCACUAUCCUGGCUUUGACUGGGAGCGUUGGCAUGUCGUUGACCGUUUGGUUCGUUGGAAUGAUCAUCACCAUGGCGGGUACGGCUGUAUAUUUGGAGUUUGGAACGGCAAUUCCAGUGAACGGUGGGGAAAAGAAUUACCUGGAGUAUGUGUAUACAAAACCAAAGUUCCUAGCAACCGCGAUAUACGCUUCAUAUGCGCUGUUCCUGGGUUGGGCGGCAGGAAAUAGCGUUAUAUUUGGAGAAUACCUUCUUCAUGCUUUUGGGGUACAGGUCAAUCUGUGGAAUCAACGCGGCAUCGGGUUAGUCUGCAUCACCGUCGCCUUCAUUAUCCACGCUACCGCAGUGAAAUGGGGGCUCCGUAUUCAAAACACACUGGGUGUCUUGAAAUUGGUUGUCAUUCUUAUCAUUGCCGUUGGCGGGCUCUUGGCUUGUGCCGGCUUUGUGAAUAUAGACAGGCCUCGUAACUUCGAACGUCCCUGGGGUGAAGGGCCACCCACGGUGUAUGGCAUAGUUAUGGGCCUGUACAAUGUCAUCUGGUCAUACGUUGGCUAUUCGAAUGCGAAUUAUGUAUGGUGCUCAGCAUCGUUUUUGCAACAGCGUAUCGUUUCGCUAACCAUCGGCCAGUGCUUGAGUGAGACUCGUAAUCCGGUUCGAACGUUGAAAAUAGCAGCACCUAUUGGCGUAGCGAUGGUUGGGAUUCUGUAUUUCCUUGUUAAUGUUGCAUAUUUUGCUGCCGUCCCAAAGGAAGAGAUGCUUCUAUCCGGGCGCAUCCUCGCGGCAUCUUUUUUUCGGAACGUUUUUGGGUUCAAGGCCGAACGAGCGCUAUCAACAUUCGUUGCUUUUUGCGCGUUUGGCAACGUCCUGGCUGUUUUGUUCUCCCAGGGCCGAAUCGUCCAAGCACUUGGAAGAGAGGGAGUUCUGCCGUUUUCGCGGUUCUGGGCGAGUAAUAAACCCUUUAACUCUCCUGCAGCUGGACUAUUCCAGCACUAUAUCGUCUCUGUGGUUGUCAUGCUGGCGCCGCCGCCAGGAGAUGCUUAUAACUUCUUGCUCAAUUUUCAAAGUCUCAUCGGAUAUCCACUUUCGAUCGUGAAUGUCCUGGUCUCCGGUGGGCUUCUUCAUAUCUACUUUUGUCCUGAGCGCUAUCCCACCUGGUCUCCUGGUAUUCGCGCUACCUUGCCGGUGACCUUUUUCUUCUUCUUCUCCAAUGUGUAUUUGGCCGUAGCACCGUUCCUGCCUCCGCCAAGAAGGGUGGGUAAUGUCUAUGAGCGUCUGCCGUAUUAUACUCAUUGUCUUGCUGGGCUCGCGAUCUUUGCGCUUGGCGCUUUGUACUGGCUCUUCUGGGCCAAGACUCUUCCUUGGAUGGGUGAAUAUCGACUUGGCGAGGAAUCCGUUGUUGGGCAAGAUGGCUGGGCGCGAAAGAUAGUCCAGCGGAUCCCCACGGCUCCCGAGCUGGAAGAGCAAGGGCGGAGGAAUGGGAGCAUGUGA